AUGUUCAAGAGUGUUUUGAAGACAAGUUGUGAGAUAAUCGAGUUUGGAUGGAGCAAGGACCGGUCUCCUAGGGACACUUUUAUAACGGAAUUAGCUACAAGUAUUUGUGAACGAAAUGAUUAUGAGGAAGAGGAGGAUCGGAUGUCAGAGACUGGAAAUGAAGCUGAAAUUAGAGAGUCUACCCUGCCUAUCUUGUGGAAUUCCUCUUGUCUGGACUCCCUGUUAUUUUCAGUGCAUUAUGAUCCUCCUUCUGCUUUCAUCAAUGAUCCUGCUUGGGUUGCUACAGUUUGGUCUUUGUACGAAAGAAUUGUUCGGGAAUGGAUCAUUAUUUCCCUUUCAUAUGCACCAUGCACUAGUCAAGGUCUUCUCCAGGAGAAGCUUUGCAAAGCAAACAAUCGGCAAAGAGUGCCACCCACAACUGAUGCUGUGAAACGAGGAAUUAUCCAAGACAAAACAAAGGAUUUCUACUAA